AUGGAGUCACCGAACGAAAACGACGAGUUUCCCAUUCUUCCUCCAAUUCAAGAAGCAACUUCUCGUUCUCACUCCAGGACUCUCACUUCAAGAAACCGUAGCGUUUCCCUCUCAAACCCAUCUUUCUCCACUGACGGAUUCGACAGCUCGAGUGUGGUUUUAGGCCACACAGGUCCUCUUCGAACCCAGAGAAGACGACCUCCUUCAUUGCAAAUGAGUACUCCUCUUUACUCUACUCGCAGAGCUGAAUCUCACCUCUUUCCUCAAUCUCCUAUUCAACCUCCAAAUUCAUCUUCCAUCGUUGAAAUUCCAUCUGAAGAUGAAGAAACCCUGCUGAGAAACGCAAAUCUCUUGAGAUCUGGACAACUAGGAAUGUGUAAUGAUCCUUACUGUACCACUUGCCCUUCUUACUACAACCGCCAAGCUGCUCAGUUCCACACUUCCAGAGUUUCUGCCUCCAGGUUCCGUACUGCUCUGUAUGAUGAUGCUAGAGGUUGGGCUAAGCGAUUUGCCUCCUCUGUUCGUAGAUGCUCACCUGGAAUCAUGAAUCCUCAUUCCGAAUUCGUUCAAGGCUGGUCUAGAUUCUUAGCCUUUUCAAGCUUGCUAGCUAUUUUUAUAGAUCCCUUCUUCUUAUUCCUCUUAUUCAUCCGAAACGAAAAGAAAUGCAUAGAGAUUGAUGGGUCUAAGACUAGAAUAUUGGUGUCUCUUAGAUGUAUAACUGACCUUAUAUUCUCCAUUAACACUCUCCUUCAGUUUCGGUUGGCCUAUGUAGCUCCUGAGUCUAGGAUAGUUGGUGCUGGCCAGUUAGUUGAUCAACCAAGAAAAAUAGCUCGCAAUUACAUCCGAGGAAAGUUUUUUCUUGACCUCUUCAUAGUGUUACCCAUUCCACAGAUAAUGAUACUAUGGAUAAUACCAGAACACUUGGGCACAUUGAGGACAGAAUCUGAGAGAAACACUAUACGUGCCGUAGUUCUUUUUCAAUACAUUCCAAAGCUAUACAGACUCUUACCUCUUCUUGCUGGACAAACACCAACAGGAUUCAUAUUUGAGUCGGCUUGGAUUAAUUUCUUUAUUAAUCUUUUCACCUUUGUGCUUGCUGGUCAUGCUGUUGGCUCUUGCUGGUAUCUUGCAGGACUUCAGAGAGUUAAGAGAUGCCUGCUUAAAGCUGAGGAUAUUUCUGUGGAUGAACGUAGAAACCUUAUCGAUUGUGCUCGUGUAAGCGAAGCAUCAAAGGAACUAAGAGAUCUCUGGAAACAUAGUGCGAGUGUUGGUGCAUGUUUUCAAGAGAGUGGUUCUACUUAUGGAAUCUAUUUGAAGGCAGUCAAUCUUACCAAUCAGUCUAGUUUCUUCAAAAGAUCCAGUUAUUCUCUGUUUUGGGGAUUCCAGCAAAUAAGCACCCUUGCUGGAAACCUAUCUCCAAGUUACUCACUAGGGGAGGUUUACUUUACAAUGGGUAUCAUUGGAUUGGGGCUUUUGCUUUUUGCACGGCUUAUUGGUAAUAUGCACAACUUCCUUCAGUCUCUCGAUCGUAGGAGGAUGGAAAUGAUGCUGAGACGGCGUGAUGUGGAGCAAUGGAUGAGCCAUAGACUGCUUCCAGAAGAUAUAAGAAAGAGGGUGCGAGAGGCUGAGCGAUUCAACUGGGCGGCUACUAGAGGAGUUAAUGAAGACUUGCUCUUUGAGAAUAUGCCUGAAGAUCUUCAGAGAGAUAUCAAACGUCACCUCUUCAAGUUUCUCAAGAAGGUGAGGAUAUUUUCAUUGAUGGAUGAAUCAAUCUUAGAUUCUAUACGGGAGAGGCUGAAACAGAGGACGUACAUAAGGAGUAGCACGGUGUUGCACCGAGGAGGACUAGUUGAGAAAAUGGUGUUCAUAGUGAGAGGUGAGAUGGAGAGCAUUGGAGAAGACGGCUAUGUUCUUCCUUUAUCAGAAGGCGACGUUUGCGGCGAAGAACUUCUCACUUGGUGCCUCGAACGCUCUUCUGUAAACCCCGAUGGGACGAGGAUAAAGAUGCCGCCAAAGGGAUUGGUUUGCAACAGAAGUGUUAGGUGUGUGACUAACGUGGAGGCGUUUUCGCUGAGUGUAGCGGAUCUUGAAGAUGUGACGAGUUUGUUCUCGAGAUUCCUGAGGAGCCAUAGAGUGCAAGGAGCAAUAAGGUAUGAGUCUCCUUAUUGGAGGCUACGAGCAGCUAUGCAGAUUCAAGUGGCUUGGAGAUACAGAAGGAGACGUCUUCAGAGAUUGUACUCUGCUCAAUCCAGUUCCAGCCACAUAUUAUCACACUGA